AUGUCGGAAUUGGGUGCAAGCCUCCGCUAUUUCAGCGGUGAAGACUGUGACUAUCGUGAAUACCGCCGCUGGAAGCAAUGGUGCAAGAACAAAAUGAGAGUCACCGAGAAGUUGUCUCCGGAAGCCCGCGGGUCGUUCGUCUGGACCCUCCUUCAGGGACGUGCCCUGGAGGUGGUUGAGCACUUGAAGGAGAGCGAGUACCAGGUCAAGGGAGGAGAAGAUGUCAUCUUCGGUUUGCUCGACCUUCGCUGGCCUGAGAAAGACCGCACCGACGAGAUCGGUGAGCACAUUUCCGACGUGUUCAACCUCAAGUCCAAGGACGGCGAGACCAUUCGCCAGUGGUGCGCGAGGGCCCGCGAAUGCUUCGACCGGUGUGCCCGUAAGACGGGCGUGGACUUCCCCGCGGAGGCCCGCGGCUGGGUGUUGCUGAAUGCCUCCGGGCUGUCGGAGGAGAAUCGAGCUGUCGUUUUGGCUCGGGCUCAGGGCAAUUUGAAGUUCGAUGAGAUGUCCCAAGCCAUGCGAUCCGUCUUCCCCGACUAUGUGAUCUCCAAGCGUCGAGUGACGGCUGCACAUGUGGUUGAGGAUCCUCAAGAGCCGGAGCACCCUGAUGAGGACUUUGCUGACGUCGAAUUGUUCCUUGCUGAACACGGCCAUGAUGGCUAUCCGGCGCCUGAUGAGGAUGAGGGUUUCGACGAGGCGGAAGCCGCCGAGGUUCUGGCAGCUACAUGGCGUGAACGCCGAGCUGAACUGAAUCAGGUACAGAAGGGCCGUCGAUUCACUUCUGGCAAGGGAGAUGGCAAUCGCUCCCAAGCUUCGUCCUCCGCUGGAAAAGAAUUCCGCCGCUCCUUCCGGGUGCAGGUGGAAGAACUUAAGCAGAGAACACGUUGCCGCAAGUGCGGCAAAUUGGGACAUUGGCAGCGGGAAUGCCGCUCUCAGGGAACAUCUUCAUCAUCGAAUCCCACUUCAACAACUGGCAGUAGUCAUGCCGCUGGUGCCGUGGAAGUGUUGACUCCCGAGGAGCAUUUCAUAUGUACUGCUGCCCCGUGUGAUUCCGAUUCCCAGCACUCCGAGGUGAUGUUGGUGAGUUCUCCGGGAUAUGCCAUCCUGGACAGCGGAUGUGGAAAGACCAUCAUCGGUCGGGAGACGCUCACUUCGUUUCGUGAGAUCUGGGACAAGCUGAACAUUCCAGUGAAGCCUGAGUUCAAGCAGCGAAAUGUCUUCCGAUAUGGAAACGGCCAACAGGAGGUCAGCGACACCAUGAUUGAUAUGCCCAUUUUCCUUGCUGGCAAGCCGGGAUAUGUUCGGGUGCCUGUGCCCAUUGAAGUCAACUCCGCAGGUCAAUAUGCCAUCAAGAUCACCGAAUUUCCAGAGGGAGCCAGCAAGUUGUUCGCACCUGCCGACGAUGAGCCUUCCGCUCAUGCUGAUACGCAGAAGUUGAACAUCAUGGAAUUCACUGCCCGUCAGCAUCGUGGGAAGCUCAUUCGCAAAGCGACCUCGCUGCUGGUCUCACAUCAUGACAUGCUCAAGCUAGGCACAUAUGUAGCCUAUUGGCGUACUCAGAAGUGGGUCCAUGGUGCUCUAGAGAAGACCGGCCGCUGGUGCGGCCCCGCCGUGGUCUUGGGGUAUGUGGGGCGGAAUGUAGUAGUAAUCCAUAAGAGGCAGAUCUUUCGGUGCGCUCCGGAGCAGGUUCGUUGUUCGACCGAGGACGAACUGAAACUCGUAGAAACACCAAAGAUGGAACUUUUGGGGAUCAAGCACUUGAUCGAAUCGGAACAGUUGAACAGUCGCCAAUACAUUGACCUAGUGCCUGAGUCAUAUCCCCCUGAAGAUCCUGCGACGCCAGUGAACGCCCCAGAUCAACAGGUGACACCCCAAAUCAACGAGUCCGCUCGUAGGUCCAUUGGUGAAGAGCCGAAGUCCUUGUCAGCCCAUCAAGAACCGUCAUCCGAGAGCGGUGCACAGGGAUCUAGUGAUCCAUGGGUUCCCGAAGUAGGCAUGGGGUUGCCCCCACACAUGAAAGACAAAGCCUCGGAUUUCCUCGACACAGACUUACCAAUGACUGAUGCCUCAUCUCCUGCACCAACUGUCCCGGCAGAGAAGACACCUGAGACACUCUCGUAUGGCCCAGUUCGUCGACGAGUCACUCAGAAGGAUGGUCCCAUGGCCCUGUAUCGACCUGAAAGAAUGGCCCAAGAGGACUUCCAAGAGAUGAUGCAAGAGAUCGUCCCGGAACUGUUGAAGAAAGUCAUUCCAGCUGAUCAACCUGAUGACACUGAUGUUGCCAUGGAAAGUCGUGGGGUAAAAAGACCACCUUCUCCUGAACCGGAUCCGAGCGAUCCACCAGAGAAGAGGCUGAAUGUCGACGACGAAACGCUGAUGACUGAACACCAGUCAAGUCCUGCCGGAGUCACGUUUGCCUGUGAUGAAGUCACUGUGCUUUCAGUGCAAGCCAUGGAGAGAGCUGGAAGUAGCUACCACACGAACGAUGGCUUGAACAUCAAAGAACGUCAGGAACUAGCCGAUCGUUUUCUUGCAGGUGAGUCACAUGAAGCUCUGGUUGCAGCAUACAUGAAGAAGAAGAAGUCUGCCAAAGAGUUGCCCCCCAGUGGAAACCCUCCGGAACUUCAGCGUAAGAUAGAUGAAGCUAAGAUUAUUGAAUGGGGAACCAUCACUGCCAAACAUGCCGGACGUGUUGCCUUUGGCCCCGAAGCCGUCAUGACAGCUGGAGAGAUGGAAGAGUGCACUCGCCUCAUGGUGAAGGCCCGUGCUGCCGGUGCCUGGCCGGCGCUGAUGCAACGCCUCACCGACAUUGAAGACAUCAAUGCCGAUUUGGCCUGGAGCGGUUCAAGUGCUGGAACGAUGGGUGAUGGCUCGAAACGCCUUCGUGAUGAUGCCCGUGGUGGAAAGCCCCAAGAUGUAUACUGGUCGCCAGUUGAGCCUUUGGUGCCCCCUCCAAUGCCUGCGGCUGCUCUUCCGACCGGGUCAGGGUAUCCGGUAGAGAGUUUGUUUCCUGAUGGGAUCACCUCAGUCGAUCAAUGGGGUGCGACGAUGUUCAGCUUCGGAAAGUUUAAGGGCACACGAAGCUACGAGGAAGUGGCCAAUAGCGCCAGCUCCGAAAUGUCAAGUUACCGUGCCUUUUGUACCUCUCACUUCGCCACCGGCUCGGCAGGUUUGAAGGAUUUCGUGAAGUACCUCAAGGCUCGGAACAUGGGAGACCGUUCGAAUGUGGUCAUUCCCGGUUCACACGUGCCGCGAGUCUUCAAAAAGAAGACAGAGGAGUGA